UCUCACAGAGAACUAUGGUCUGUAGUUCUCUCUCCCUACUAUAUUCCCCAUGUUCUUCAUUUCCUUCCAAUUCCACCAACGAUUCACCUUCUACUUCUUCUUCUCCAUCCAAGCUCCGAUCUUUCAAACGUAACCCUAGGGUUCUGAAACUAGCCUCCUCGACUUGUUCAUCUUCUUCUCAAUUUUGGAGAAUCGAAGUUCGCUCGAAGCUAUCGGUAGACGAGGAUGGCUCAGCCGAGCAGUUUCUGCGGAGCAAUUCGAUUACGGACUUCAUGAGGUUCAAGAGAGGAAAUUCCGAUGCGGAGCUUCAGACAGCCGCUGUUAGCUAUAAGAAGAAGUUCCCUUGGUCUCUUCUCCGACCAUUUCUUCAGGUUGAUUUGGUUUCUACAAUACACAUUGCGGACAAAGAGUGAACCAAUUUGAGAUGAGAGUGUUGAUGCUAUUCAGAGAAAAGACUACGAGAAUUAGAAUUAGGGCAGGAGGAGAUUUUCCAAUGACCAAGUGGGUGGAGAAAAAGUAGACAAGUUUGGAGAUGCAUUUGUUAAAUUGAUCAUUGAUUUGCUGGAGCUAGUAAGUUGGAGGGCAACCUUUAUCGGGGACAGAUUGUAAAACAUAUUUUUGAUAAAUUUAUUGUGUUUUGGAAUAGAAGUGUCCCAUGUUUGCAAAAUGAACAUCAUGGGGGUACUAUCUUCUCUUAGUGAUCUUGCAUUGAACUUGAACAUGAUUCUUGGAUUAUGAGACCAAUUUUUAAUUCUGAAAUUUAUCUAGAUGGAAUGGAAUAUGAACAGAGGGCCAUUAGUUUAAUAACCUUGGGGUUGUGGGUUUGAAUUAGAGGGCAAUCACUUUGUACAUAAUUGUACAGGUUUGUUUCCAGCAUUGUGGGGUUUGAUAAUGGUUGAUCACACACUUGGCUUUGGAAAUUUUUCUCAUCCCUUUUCUGUUUUCUUUUGUGGUUGAAAACCUGUAAUGCCUAUUAGCCACUGAACUCGGUAACAUAAUUUCCUUCUAAACCUUUCCUACAAGCUGUCCUGUAGAUUAACUGCUUUCUUGAAGGAAAUAAUCUCCCUUGAAUCUUAACGUUUCAUACAAGAUUAUGUAUUGCUGGAAAUCCAACUUGAGAAGUUCAACUUUCAUUUUCUACGAACUCUCUUGUAAACCUUAUGCAUGAGAGAGAAAAAUGUAUUUUUCAUUUUCCUUUCUCUUCGCUUUUCUCAUGCACCACUUUACUGUUUAAUGUGCCUGACAACCAAGUAGAGCCUCUCGCUGGCAACUUUUGAUAAUAACAUACCAACUAUAUUUAAACCAUUUUCGUCAUCCUCCUUACUAACCAAAAACCCAGCCCAUCAGUCCUUGAUGUUCCCCUUUUUUGGUGAUUGUUAAUAUCUCUAUCAUUCUUUCUUGCUUUCCUCGCUUGUCUUAAUUUUUUUUGAAUAAUUGUGUGCUCCCCCUUCAACUAUUUUUCUGUGAGAUGCAGUGAAUCAUGUGAACAGAUGGUUUAAUAUUGAAGGGAGUAUUAUAUAAACCUGAUUUAAGGAUUACAUGGGCUUCAUUUGUCUGACUUGGAUCUGUUGAGCCACCUAUUGCCUAAUUUUCUUCAAAAAGGUAGCAGAAACCACUUGUUAGUUGCAUGGAUUAUGAUGCCAUUAAAGAGGCAUUAAAUUUUUUUCCUGAUGUAAUUAGUAGACACAUAUGGGUUAAUGAAGCAUGACAUUUUUGUUUUGUUUUUUGUUGUUUUUUCCUCUGUUUUUUGUUUGUUUUUCUUUUUUUGUCCAUAAUUUUACACUGCAGCCUAUUUGCAUGAUGUGUGACUUGCAUCUAGCUCUGUUUAUCCAUGUAUGAGGUUCUGGUUUCUUUUCUAUUUUA